AAGUAUAUCAGAAAUGAACCGUGAUUUAAUACCAAUAGGCAAAACCUCUGAGACAUUUGAGGAUGACGACGAGGAUGACGAUGAUGAAGAUGAAGAAGAGGAAGAUAGUGAAGAGGAUUCAGAAGAUGAUGCUGAUGAUUUAGACGGAGAUGAAAUUAAUGAUUAUGAUCAAGACUCACCAGAAGAUGUUGAUAUGGAUUUAGUAACAGAUGGUGAAACAGACUCGCCUCCCUGGAUGAUAUGAGCAUAUGUCACCAUAAACGCUUGCUUUGUUAUGACGCUGAAUUCAUAUUUAAUAUGCAUUCCAAAAUAUAAACAGCAGUUAUUUGGAGACGGAUGGUAAAUGUGGGACACUGUAUCCGUGAUAUUGUAUAAUAUUUGGCAAACUGUAAUGUAUAGUCAAUUUGGGAUGAUUCGAUGGCCAAAUCUCAAGAGAACAGUGGAUUUUUUUCCCCACAAAGCACCUUAUACAAGUGACUGUCAUUGUUGGUAAUGUGGUGAAGUGACCUGUGAAACCUACGGCUGAUUUGUAUUUGAAUGUUGACACGUAACAAAGACAAUUAUGUAUAUAUGUCUGCAUAAAAUACUUAUUUAUGUUAAACACUUCAGCAAACAGGUAGAAGAUAACGUUAUGAAUGAUCUACUUUUUUUAGAUUCAUGUAGCAAAUUAAAAUAUGUUACUGUACCAUACACUUUAUAAUAAACAAUAGAUUUAUCAAA